CAGAACAGCUCCAGCCUUACCGCGACUGGCUGCCCAUCGCAGUCGUCUUUGGACUUUGGGGUCUUGCCACUGUCAGAAGGACGUCUCGGACAUUCUCCUUGAAGAACUCGGCAAUCCCACCCGUGCAGCAGGGUCUGCGCGUCGCCGCGAUGAAGCUCGUCUCGGUCGCGCUCAUGCUGCUGGGCUCCCUCGCCGUGCUGGGCGCGGACACCGCGAGGCUCGACGUGGCGUCCGGGUUCCGAAAGAAAUGGAAUAAGUGGGCUCUGAGUCGUGGGAAGAGGGAGCUGCGAGCGGCCAGCAGCUACCCCACGGGGCUGGCCCACUUGACAGCGGGGCCCGUCCAGCUUCUCAUCCGGCCCCAGGACAUGAAGGGCGCCUCUCGAAGCCCCCAGGCCAGCCCCGACGCCGCCCGCAUCCGAGUCAAACGCUACCGUCAAAGCAUGAAUAACUUCCAGGGCCUCCGCGGUCCUGGCUGCCGCUUCGGUACCUGCACCGUGCAGAAGCUGGCGCACCAGAUCUACCAGUUCACGGACAAGGAGAAAGACGGGGUCGCCCCGAGGAAUAAAAUCAGCCCCCAAGGCUACGGCCGCCGGCGCCGACGUUCCCUGUCCCAGACCCGGCGGGCCCGGACGCUACAGUCGCUCGCCGCUCCGGCCUCGCGGGCGCACCGACUGCUCGCCAACCUCCUCAGGAUUUAAGCACCAACUGGCAGCAUUUUGUUGUUUGAACAGUCGCGCAAGCGUCGGGUUGGCGUGCGUGGAAUCAGAGAGCUUUGGGCCAGAAGCAGGCUGAGACAGCUCUGCAGAGAUCUGAGGUCCAGGAGGCAUCGUUGGAUGGGUCGCAAGCCCUGCCUUCCCUCCCCCCCCCCACCUCGGCUUCCGAGCAUCGCUUCCUUCUCUCGCAUGGAUGCCCCCCGGGAAAGCCGAGGAAUCCAAGAGAACGCCGGACUCAUGGAGAAGAGAAAGAGAGAGAGAGAGAGAAUAUUAAGAUGCCGAGACCCACUGGGCAGGGGUCUGAGCCUUGUCUGGUCCUCCCGCAAACUGAUUUCUCACGGGGUGUCCACCCCACCGGUGCGAAAGCCUCAAUUACUACUUGAACUUUCCCAAACCUAGAGGGGAAAAGUGCAAUGCGUGUUGUAGAAUACAGAGGUAACUAUCGAUAUUUAAGUUUGUUGCUGUCAAGACUUUUUUGUUUGUUUUGGUUAACUUCAAAUAUAUAGAGAUAUUUUUGUACGUUAUAUAUUGUAUUAAGGGCAUUUUAAAGCAACUAUAUUGUUCCCUCUCCUUAUUUUAAGACGUGUCUCAGUGAGUUGUAACGUUUGG